AGCGAAACUCGCCUUCUCUCAGACUCGAGAGCCCUUCCUUCAUACCCUCGACGCGUAAAGUACAAGCGACUGAAUCAUGCCGCGUGGUGAGGAGAAUUACCGUAACAUGGACGCACAGCAGCAGUUCGACCAACGGCGCGAAGACGACCAGGCACGGCAAGACGCUCUGCUGGACCAAAUCCAUGGCGGCGUCGUGGGCCUCAAGAACCAGGCGCAUGCUAUUAACGGUGAAGUUGUGGAGCAGAACAUCAUGAUCGACGACAUCGGCAACCGAAUGGACAAUGCCACUCGGGACAUUUCAAGAGAAGAGCAAGCGGCUCGGGAGGUAAACGCCCGCAAAAAGAAGGCGUGCAAGUUAUACGGUAUUAUCGCAGUAUUGGUGGUGAUUCUGAUCAUCGUGUUUGUGAUUCCGUCGCCGAACUAAGCACUGGGUGCAAUUGUCAGUUUGCCAACAAUGUUGAUUUCCUGUGUUGACCACGAAAAAUCGUAUCAGCAAAAGGUGCCGCAACGUGCCGCAACACGAAGCGGCAAUUUGUCUGGCAAUUGUACACAUAAUGCAACGAAUUCACAAAACUUCAGAAAA